AGAACAGUGAAGGGGGCGGAGUCGGGCACUGCCUCCGCGCCAUCACCAUGGCAGAGGGGAAAGAGGCGACAGCGCAGGCGCAGUGCACGACAGAGGGGGCUCGGCAACUCGGCCAAAUCUUGAAAAUCACACGAUCCAUCUUCAGACUCCUAAAGAUGGAGAAUAAAAGGCGCCUUGCUUAUUCCAUCAUCCAGUAUCUGCAUGACCAGCUGCAGCACGGAGACCUCUCUCCUGAUGCGCAGGAGAGUUUGGAUGCUUCGAUCCAGUGCCUGGAGACAGCUUUUGAGGUGACUGUUGAAGACAAGUAUCUAGCGGUAUCACAGACUCUGCCAGAAAUGUUUGAAGCUGUUACAGGAAUAAAAGAGAUCCCCUCCGUCCAUGGGAAUUCUAAGCCCAUCCCCCACCGUGAUGUAACUACAACUGAAGCUGAGAGACUCAAGACUGAAGGAAAUGAACAGAUGAAAAUGGAAAACUUUGAAGCUGCGGUGUCUUUCUAUGGAAAAGCAAUUGAAUUAAAUCCAGCCAAUGCAGUGUAUUUUUGCAACAGAGCUGCCGCCUACAGCAAACUUGGAAAUUAUGCAGGUGCGGUGGAAGACUGUGAAAAAGCCAUCGGCAUAAACCCUUACUACAGCAAAGCCUAUGGCAGAAUGGGUUUAGCUCUUUCAAGUUUAAAGAAGUACAAGGAGGCUGUAGGCUAUUAUAAAAAGGCUCUGAAGUUGGACCCAGACAAUGAAACGUACAAAACAAACCUCAAGGUAGCUGAGCAGAAAAUGAAAGAAGUCCCUAGUCCUCCAGGAGGCACUGUAGGCUGUAACCUAGCUGGCUUGCUGAACAACUCAAGCUUCAGGAGUGUGGCGUCAAACCUCAUGAAUAAUCCUCAAAUAAGACAGAUCAUGUCUGGGAUAAUGUCAAGUGGCCACAGUACUUUGGGAGGUACCAGAGCCACCCGUUCUCCAAAUGCCAGCCCCAGUUUCAUCCAGAGAGGCCAACAGUUUGCUCAGCAGAUGCAGCAACAAAAUCCAGACUUGAUAGAAGAGCUCAGAAGCCAGAUUAGGAAUCGGAACCCCAGCAGCAGCAAAGAUAAAAAGCAGGAAUGAAAAACGAAGGAACAUUAGGAGGAAGAAGGGAGUCAAUAAUAAGGUUUUCAGAAAAAAAAUGAAGAAUAGAGGGUCAUCAAAGCAUUAAAAACAGAGCAGAAAGAAGACCAGAAGGAAACAGAUGCUGAAUAGUUUUAAAAAGUUACAUUUGUAUAUAUUAUAUGUUUAAAAUAAAAAAUAAGCUGCACGGAAUAAAAAUUUGCAUACAA